CCCUAACUAAUUCUGUCUCAUUAUGCCUGUAGAGCAGAUUGAGGAUCCCUCAGUAAAGAUAAAGCCCCCAUCGAAGCUAAUUCACUUCGUCCGAAAGAACGUGAACGUGACGGAGGCACCAGAAGGUCUGCGAGCCCUGAAGAAAUCCCACAAAUCCGAACCUCUGUUGAAGACCGAGGACAUCAAGUGGCUGAACGAUUUCCUGAUCGAGUACCGGGAAAAUUCAGAAACCAAAGUUUACAUUCACGAGCUUCUGGAGGGGGCGGACGUGAUUCUACCAGAGCCCAAGGUCACACCGCGGAAUCCAGUGCUGGAGGCGAGAAUCCAAAAAUUGACUGCUCAACAGUCGGCCAGGGAGUACGAGGCGAUGACCAAAGGGGUGGACGCCGUCAGGAAAUUUUACCCAGAGGACACUAUUUCAUACCAAAUGAAGGAAAUUAAUAAACAACUCAUCGCUGUAGCCCAGUUCGUCUUCUCAGUGAUAGCAGCCUUUGCAUUUGGCUUCAUAGGGCUAGAGCUCAUCGUGGGUAGCCUUGAUUUUGGCUUCAGAUUACUAUUAGGAAUAAUCUGCGGCCUCAUUGUAGCACUCGCUGAGAUAUACUUCCUCGCUAAGAAGUUGAAUGAAGACUGCUGGGAGCCACCACCACCCAAAGUGUUUACAAAACCCCAUCAAGAAUAAUAAAUUGUUAUACUUGAGGUCAAUUUCAUUCAUUGGGAUUUUAAUAAUAGAAACAUCAAGCAUGUGCCUGUAAAUAAUAAGCAAUAUCGUGGCAUUGAAUACAUUGUUUUAAGGAAAUAUCUGUCGUAGUCCCUGGUUUCUUGUUUCUUCAUCCACAAAUACCUUAGUUGUAGUGUCGAUCAUAAGUUCAUUUUAAUUAUUUUAGCGAGUCAUUUCUCCAAUAACAUCUGUCAAUUUUUGUUGUAGAGCUUCCGUCGAAUAUUCCAGAAAAUCCACCGCCAGUGGCCAGUGAUUGGGAGUCGAACAAUUCGUGUCCAAGUUGCCGCAAGACGUUUAAACACAGGUGCAACUUGAACACUCAUGUGAGGUACGAGUGUGGGGUGCCACCGAGGUACAAUUGUCCUUACUGUGCCAAGCAAGCGAAACACUUGACCAAUGCGCGCAGCCACGUGAAACGGUGCCAUCCCGAGCGAGAGAUGAAGGUGAUCGAUGUGCUCAUGGGGAAAAUCGUGGGGCCCAGCACCAGUCACACCGGCAAUUUCAGGAGAUAAACUCAUUUUUUUGGUUCAUCAAGUGUAAUUUUGAGGGUUUUUUUUCUUUACCAUUUGAUUUCGUCCAUCUACUCAGAAAUUUAUGCCUUUUUCAUCAUUUUUUAAGGCAAAAAUUUUUGUCUCGUUCAUUUAUAUUUUUAUAAUAGUUUUUUGGGUUGAUGAAGUAUCAUUUUCAGUGUUUUAUUUUUUAUGAUUUGACUUUUUUUCGUUCUUUCCAGAAAUUAAUGGAUUAUCGGACAUUCUGCGAAUGAAUAAAGACAAAUUUAGUCUUUUUCAUAAUUUGUUUUAACGGCAAAAAUUUUUGUCUCGUUCAUUCUUAUUUUGUAAGUUUUUGGGUCGAUGAAGUGUUCUUCUUUUAGUUGUUUCAGAAAUUCGUAGAUUGUCAGACAUUCUACGUACGAAUGAAGCCAGAAAUUUUGUCUCUUUCAUGUUACUUUAAGAAAGGCAAUUGUUCUGGGCUGUGACAUCAAAUAAAUUAACAACUAAUACAAACGUGUUCAAUCGUUUUCACUGUUCCAAGCAAAUGUAUCAGCGAUUUAUGGGACGAUUCCAAGGAUUCUGUUUUGUUACAACUUGACAUUGUUUUUUUUCAGGAAUAAACAGCUCACCAGUCAUACUACGUAUAAAUAAUGAUUUAUAAAUGAAAAACAAGUUUCUUCUCGUCAAUAAUUGUUUCGAGAAGGCAGGGCAUUUUGUCUUAUCCAUUAUUGUUUAGAAAAUGCGAUUGUUCUAGACUCUCAUGGCAUCAAAUAAAUUAACAAAUGAUAACUGUGCCAAGCAAAUGAAAAUAAAGUGUAAUUUCGAAGGUUUCUUUCUUUUAUAAUUUGACAAUGUUAUUUUUCUUCCAGAAAUAAAUCGUUUAUCAGAUAUUCUAGCCGUAAAUAUUGGUUAAAAACGAAAGACAUUUUUUUCAUCAACAUAUUGUUUAGAAAGACUGGAAAUUGUUGUUUUAAGCAAAUAAGAAUUAAGUAUAAUUUCGAAGGUUUCGUUUCUUUAUAAUUUGAUGGACAAUGUGUUUUUUUUGUCAAAAUAAAUCGUUUAUCAAAUA